AUGAGUUCAUCACCAACAAAAUCUAAUUCUAACAGUAUUUUUUAUUUUCCGGCAUUUAUUGAUACAAAUAACAAUCAGGAAAAUAAUUAUGAGCAAAAUGGUGGUUUUUUGGGUAUUUUAUCAAAUCUUUUUCGACCAUCAAAAUCUUCAUCUACAACAGAAACUGUAUUUUCUGAGGGUGUUUGCAUUGCAAAAUCUGAGGAGAAGGAUGUAGUUUUUGAAGAUUCUGUUGAAGAACCUUUUAAUGAACAACAACCUUCAACAAGCAACGCUCCGUCAAAUUUUUUUAAUUCAAGAAAAAAUGAAUUGAGAAGAUAUUGGAUGCCAGACUCUUCAGGAAAUGAAUGUUAUGAGUGUCGUGAAAAAUUUAAUACAUUCCGGAGGAAGCACCACUGCCGCCUUUGUGGUCAAAUAUUUUGUAAAAAUUGUACAAGUCAUCAAUUAAAUGGAAUUGAUUUUGGUUGUUAUCAAUUAAAUUCUGAAUUGCCUUGUUCUCCUUCAAAUUCUAUUAAAAAUGUGGAUACUCAAACUGAACGACAAUUGAUUGAAAUGUUUGAUAAUAAAUUAAAUAAACUUUUGGAUACGCUCCUUAUUAGAGAACAACUUGGACAUUCAAUGUGGAAGGAUUUGUUGUGGAAAUUAAGUAAAUUAGUAGCUGAUAAAAUUUUCCCUGUAGCUCUCAAUAAUGCUUCAACCAAUUUUCCUUUGGAAUUUUUGCAUAUCAAAAAACUGCAUAUUAACUCUGAUCCGGAUUUUGAGAUAAUUGAUGGAAUUGCUUUCACAAAAAGUCUUGCCCAUACAUCAAUGCCUACUUCAAUGGAAAAAAUUUCUUUAAUUUUAUUAAAUGGAAUGAUUUCUUAUGAACGGGUUUUAGAAAAAUUUUCUUCAAUAGAGUCAUUAAUGCAACAAGAAGAAAAAUUUCUUCAUCUUCAAUGUGAUAGAAUAAUGUCUGUGGAUGUUAAUAUGUUAAUUACUGAAAAUGCUAUUCCUGUGGCUGUUUUAGAUUUAUUAACGAAAAAAGGAAUUUCUGUAUUGGCAAAUGUUAAGAGAUCAGUAUUAAAUAGAAUAUCUCGUGCAACAUCAACAAGUAUUCUAAAUUCAAUAGAUGCCCAACUACUACAACCUAGAGUUGGUAUUGUUAGCAAAUUUCGUCAAUUAGAAUUCAAUACUUGUACAUUUGACCGAAAACAUUUUGUUUCAUUAGAAGAUUCUGAGGGAGGAGAGGGAAAUAAAUUUGGAAUAACAAUUUUAUUAAAAAGUAGAGAUUUGUAUGAAUUGAAAGCUGCAAAGAGAAUUUUACGUUUUUUGGUUCUUUCAAGAUAUUCUUCAAAAUUGGAAAUUGCUUUUCUUUCUUUAUUCAAUAGUUUACCUAAAGAAAUGAGUAAUGAUAAGGAAGCUGCAAGUUCUUUUCAUUGUCAUAUUUGUGAAUUAAAUCAAAGAAGUACUUUAAAAAAUUUGGACGAAAAUGAAGAAUCUUCUGAAAAAGAAAAUUUUCUUGAUUACUUUUCCCAAAUUGAAUUAAUAAAUUCCCCAGCUAUACAUUUUCCUCCUCCUUCAAUAUUAAAUCAAUUAAAAACAACAAAUAUUAAUUUAUUAAAUAAACAAUUUUUGCCUGAAUAUUUCAUUAAAUUAAAAGAAAUGCAAAAAGAAUAUAAUCAAAUAAUUGAAAAUUUAAGAAUUGAAGAACAAAAAUUAAAAGAAGAAAAUUUUACAAAAUUUUCACAUUCAUUCUUUCAAUCUAAAACAACACAAAAACCUUGGGAAUUAUUAAAUCAAAGAGCCGUAAAAAGUUUUAGACUUGGUUCAGCUUUACAUUUUAGAAGGAGAGCUGAAAAGAAUUUUGAGGUUAAAGAGGAAAGGGAAUCAAAAUCAGCUUCUUUACUUUUUGAAAUGGAAGAAGAAGAAAUUCGUGUCAGAUCAGAAACUAAUUUACUUAGUCCUUAUAGUCAUCAAGGAUUGGCUUUUCUUUUCUGUGCAAACUCCAAAAAAUCAAAAAAUACUCAAGAAUUCUGUAUGGGACCUUAUGUUUUAAAUAAAACAUUUUAUGACCGUGAAAAUGACACAAGUUUGGGGAAAUUUUUGCUCAAUUAUUGUUUCGAUGCUGAUUAUCGUUGUAAAAGCUGUGAUCGUUUAAUGUUUGAACAUUUAAGAAGAAUAGUUCAUCGAAAUACUCGACUAGAAAUAACUACAAGAAAUGUAUCUGUUAGUCGAAGUACUGCUGCAGCAUUAAUUGCUCCAGUAAUUCCCAAUCCUUUUGGAAGUGGGGCAAAUCUUUGUAAUGGGGCAAAUGAAGGAGAAUUAAGUGAAAGUAAUUUUUCAUUAGAAGAUUUACCUUCAACAAUACCCAAUAAUAAUUGUAAACAAAUUAUUUGUUGGUUACGUUGUAAUAGUUGUUCUGCAAAUUCUUCUAUUAUACCAAUGCCAAAUACAAUUUUUCAUUUAAGUUUUGCCAAAUUUGUUGAUUAUUUAGCAAAUGGCAAACAUUGGAUCUCUCCAUUUUCUUCUUCUGUUGAUUUACAUCAAUGUCUUCAUUGUACUUUUCAUUCACACAGUCAUUUCUUUGCUUUCGGAAAUCUUGUUAGCUGCUUUAGAACUUCACCAAUUUAUCCAUUGAAUGUUUGUUUUAGCCAAUUAUUUUCUUUAAAAAUUGAAAAUGAAGUGGAUAAUUUACAAAAUAUUUGUCCAAAAAUUAGAGAAGUUUUGGACGGAAAAGGUACUCCAAUGCCUGAUAUUGGUGCAAUUAUAGCUAUUUCUUUACUUUCUGAUGAAUAUUUAACAAUUAUUAAUUCAUCUUCACAAAAAGAUUUUAUUGAAGUCCCAAUCUCUGAUCAAAAAAUUCAAUGUAAUGUAAAGAUUUAUUUUGCUAAUGAUUUUUCUAAAUUUCGUUCAAAUUUUCUUUCCAGCAGCGAAAAAGAUUAUGUUAAUUCUCUUUCAACGUCCUCUCCGUGGUAUCCUCAAGGCGGAAAAAGUGGUGAGAUUUAA